AUCACUAACGACAAAACCCUGGGACUUAGACCUCCGUCAGAUCACCGCCGUCCGCUAAAUCAAACGGCCGAGAUUCACCGCCUCCCUCCGCCAUGAGCUCACCUGGAACAAACUCGUUCGGCGGAUUUACCAGGCUAUGCGAAGGCCUAGCGGUGGUGCCUGUCGCCGGACACAUUGUGGUUCAGCUUCUGCCUUCAGCUGUUACUUAUCUCGUUCUCAUUCCCGCCAGGACAAUUCCUUUUGCUUGGAAUCUCAUUACAGCUGGUUACAUUGAACAAUCAAUAUAUGGGGUUGUUAUUAGCAUUCUCGGUCUUCAUUUUAUGGGGAACUUGCUUGAACCAAUAUGGGGUUCCAAGGAGUUUUUGAAGUUCAUUUUUAUUGUUAACUUUCUGACUUCUGUAUGCGUUUUCAUCACUACUAUUGCCUUGUAUUACAUAACAACGCAGGAACAUUACCUUUAUAUGCCUCUUUCUGGUUUCCAAGGGGUGCUAGCAGCGUUCUUAGUUGGUGUCAAGCAAAUUGUACCUGAUCAAGAGCUGUCUUUAUUGCAAAUUAAAGCAAAGUGGCUGCCAUCCGUUAUGCUAUUGCUUUCCAUUGCAAUAAGCUUCUUCACACCAGAGUCAGCAACAUAUCUUCCAAUUUUAAUAUUUGGUACGUAUAUUGGCUGGCUAUACCUGAGAUACCUGCAGAGGAAACCAGAAACAAAGCUUAGAGGUGAUCCAAGUGAAGAUUUUGCAUUCUCUACUUUCUUCCCUGAAUUACUUAGACCUGUCAUUGAUCCCAUUGCUUUAAUAUUUCAUCGGAUGCUUUGUGGAAGAUCUGAGGCUUCUACAGAAGCUCGUGGUUACACCUUGGGAGGUGCACCAUUACCUGGCUCUGACCCCAUUGAGGCAUCUAGAAGGAGAGAAAGAGGUGCAAGGGCAUUGGAGGAGAGAUUGGCAGCUGAGACGUUGGGUGCUGCACAGGGUUCAGAAGAAUCUCGGAAAGAUGGCAAUGACAAUGUUUGACUCAGACCUUCAACAUCAAUUCCAGAUGAUUUAUCAACAACUUUUAGACAGUAUGCUGUUGCUGGAGCAUAAUUGCUUCUGGACUCUGGUGAGUCUCUGUGGAUUAUUAUGAUCCUCUAGUACAGGAAGUUGCCUCUCUUCGUUUUUCUUUUUCUUUCUUUUUGUCUUUCUUCUGAAUUUUUGUAUUGCAUGUUGUGUAUAAAAAUAUUCAUCACUGCCUUUGCGCAUCAUAGAAAUGUGAAAGUUGGAAGCUCUGGAUUUCU